UGUGGUGCAGGGAGGGGGGGGGAAGUUGUGGACAUGUUUUCCUGGAAGUGCACGGUUUUGCGGAUACAGUGUGCAACAUUGUAACUACUGCGUUAAAAAGACUCCUGCUUCUCUGACGGGACUUUGGAGCGUAUUUCCGUGUUGCUGUCAAACAGACUGGAUCGCCUUUUUUUGUGCGAAGCGAAACUCGAUGAGAACUUAUCAGAGUUGUGACAUUUGCUGCGCACAAACCCUCUAUGGAGCUGCGCGCAGUCGACUUUGAUCGAAACCAAACUGACUCCAUGGAGCUGAUCAGGGGGACGUCUGUGCACAAUUGAUCAGCUGAACAUUACUGGCUAUCGCUCGGGUGAUUGCAAGAGCCCCUUCGUUUCCUGUAUUUCUUGUUAAGCCAAAUGGCAGCUCCGCUCUGGAGGCGCCUCCUUGUUUUUAGCAACCCUGAAACUUCAGCUUGCAGAUGUCUUCCCUGUACGCACCUGAUCGCAUGAAUCCAAACAGGUCUAGCUCCCUGAUGAAGUUAAAAAGAUUGGACAGCAGACCUCAGAUUUAAUUGCUGAAAGAGGGCUGCAUGUUCCCCACCCAGCACUUUCCUUUGGGAUUUUAUGUUUCCUCUCAGAUACCUCUGUAUACACAGUAAAAAAAAAAAAAAAAAUCACGACUGUGGGCAGGGGCAGCACACUAAAGAGGCAUAUGCCAAAUUUUGCACGCUCACUCAUUCAGACGAAAAACAUUUUCUAGUUUAGGAGACUGCUAUGAGUCUUCCUUCUCAGGUAAACACUGACAAGAGCAAGCAUCGGAGUCCAGCCAUGAAAGAAGGAGUGCAACACACCGGGGAGGUUUAUUAUGGUAUGGGACCUCCUGCUUCAAAGGUGAGCCAUAGUGACUCUGCAAGCAGCUCUGGUGUUUAUAACCCAGAGAAAGGGCACCAAAGUCUGCCACACUAUCAGCAGGCAUCUUCAGUAAAAUGGAUGCAGGACUCUUUACAGGCACCUGGGUGGACCCAGGAAGCUCCUGUCCCAACUUGGGGGCAGAACUUUGGCCAAUACAUGAGCGGCGUGAACGUCAGGGAUCAGAUGGCUUUCCAUAAAGGAGUUCAUGAAGGUGUAGCUAUGCCGAUGGGAGCGGAAAACCAGAUGUCGGCACCUGUGGAAGUUUACAGAGAUGCCCCCCAGGCUCAAACUCAGGGAAGGGGGCAUGAAUGGGAGCAGCAUGCCACUGCUGCUGUAAUGCACCAAGCCCAGCUACAAGCCUAUAGCCAUAAAGGCGUGGAUCUCCAGAGCCAAUCCCAUGUGCCAUCCCACACAAUGCAGGGGCCCAUUCUGCAACCUUUCCAGGCCUCAUUCAGACCGAACAAGCAGCAGUUUUCAUCAGGUUAUUACUCUGUCUUUCCAGCAAACAAGGGAAUGAUUUACGGAGAGCAGCCCAAAACUCAACAGCAACUAAUGCAUCAAAUGCAGCAGCAACAAAUACAUCAUCAUCACCACCAGCAACAACAACAGCAGCAGCAACAACAGCAACAACAACACAUUCACCAGCAGCAUCACAUUCAGCUACAGCAACAGCAGCAACAGCAUUUGCAGCAACAGCAGCAACACCAAAUGCAGCAACAGCAGCAGCAUAUCCAGCAGCAGCAAUUGCACCAAAUACAGUAUCACCAGCAACAGCUGCAGGAGCAACAGCAACUUCAGCAGAUGCAGCAGCAGAUGCAGCAACAGAAUGUUCCACAGCCAGAAACAACACAACCUCAGGGACAAGCGAAGCUGCAGCAGCAAACCCAAAGUUUUGGAGCUUUUCCACCUCCUGAGCCUCUUCCACCUGAUUCUGGAGUUAAAAAAGAUGUACAGCCAAUGGAGUCACGACCAGAGGCUCAAACUUGUGACGCAUCAGCAUUACCUGCUGCAUGCUCUGAAAAGGUUGGAGCUACAAAUCCCUUAGAUACUGUGGACUCAGCUUCCGGGGCCCCUCGACGCUCACGCCGCCUCUCCAGAGAGGGACAGUCCCCGCUGGGUCCUCCACCCGGGAACAUGUGGUCCCAAGCUUCCAAAGAGCUACCACCACCACCCCAGAACGGAGUAGCUGGUGUCACAGGUGCAAAGGGAGCAGAAAGCCAAGCAGCAACAGGAGGGGUCAUACAGAUAACCCGCAGGAGGAGGAGGGCUUCCAAAGAGAUCAACCUAGAAACUCUGGCUCAGAAGGCUUCAGAGAUGGAGUCUCUACCUGCUAAAGCUGCCAAGGAGGACGCCCCCUCGACCAUUGUGCCCCUGGUUAUUCCAGUGUCUGUGCCUGUGCACAAGAACCAGGCUGAGUCUCAGGACGGUUGGGCUCAGGGUCGCAUCGGCCACAGUGAGCGCCCAGCAGGCCAAGCGGAUCGGAAGCCCUCUGUGAUCGUGGCUCGGCGGCGUUCGCUCAGAAACUCGAUGACUGAAAGUUUUGGCCAGGAUGGGGAAAGCGAUUCAGGAAUGGAUGAAGACGGAAAGGCUAAGUUCAAGCGCCGGACUCGUCCUGAGCCCCUCAUUAUCCCGCCUCCCAAAGUAUCCAACUUUAUCCCCCCGUCCCUCUACUCAAGCAUCACCUCCUACCAGAGCAACCUGCGCUCACCAGUCCGCCUGCCAGACAACCUGCACGCCCUGCCCCCAUACACGCCCCCUCCCAUCCUCUCACCUGUCAGAGGGGGAUCAGGGCUCUACUUCUCCACCUUCCUCACCAACAUAGCCGUAAGCAACCAGAUCCUUCCGCCUCCGGCUACUCCAAAGUCUGCAACGCGUAGCCUCUUACGGUCCACCAGCUCAGAAAUCACACCUCCAGUCUUGCCUUUGAUCACUGAUGCCACACCUGUGUGCCUUGAACCCCGUAUCAAUAUCGGGCAACAGUACCAGGCAGAAAUACCUGAUUUAAAAGAUCAGCUGUCCUCUCACUUGGAUCAGCAUAAGGCCGAGUUGGUCUGGCUUCCUUUGAAUAACCCCAACCAAAAACAAAGCGACGAGGAGACCAUAGAGCAUUUUAUGAACCUGGCGUGUUCGAGUGUUUUUAGUGGAGGAGGGACCAAUCAGGAGCUGGUUUUGCACUGUUUACAUGAGGGUGGAGGCAAAAUUCUUGAAACACUGGAGCGUUUGAUGCUUCAAGACCCAAUUUUCCCCAAAGGCCAUCACCUGGCAAGUUAUCACUACUCAGGCUCUGACAGCUGGACAGCAGAGGAGAAAUGUUACUUCAACAAAGGGAUCUCUGCCUACAGGAAGGACUUCUUCUUGGUCCAGCAAUUGGUGCGGACUAAGACUGUGGCUCAGUGUGUGGAGUUCUACUAUACGUAUAAGAAGCAGGUGAAGGUCGGUCGAAAUGGUAUCUUAACCUUCGGCCCCCCAGAUUCACCAGUGGAAAAGCACUCUGAGGCUGUGGUGGACGUUAAGAGCUCACAUCUGACAAAAGUAGCUCAAGGAGAGGCAAAAGAAGAAGAAGAAAAAAAGGAAGCUACUUUAUACGAUGAGGACAACGAAAGCAAGCAGCAGGCGAGGGUGGCCCAGUCACUACAGGCUCACGACUACGUAACAGGAACAGUUCUGGUCAUCAAAGAGCCAGAGCCGGUGAGUAACGAGCCUCAUCACUCAUCAGUGCCUCACAGGCCUCGGGCUGAAGCUGCUGCGAAGAAGCCCAAAGCUCCAACGAAGCCCCCGCAGGACCCCAAUGAAGUGUUUCCAUGCAAGAAAUGUGGCAGGGUGUUCCAUAAAGUGAAGAGUCGAAGUGCCCACAUGAAGAGCCACGCCGAGCAGGAGAAGAAGGCUGCAGCCCUGCGGCAGAAAGAGGAGGAGGAGAAAGCUGCAGCGCAGGCUCGAGCCAGAAAAGUGGCUGCCGCAGCAGCAGCGGCUGCAGCAGCUCAUCAGGGGGGAGAGGGGGACGGAGCGGCACAGCAGGCGGAGAUCAGCAGCCAGGAGGACUCGUCCGAAGGGGAGGAUGAUGACGACGAGGACUGGCACUGAGUAUAAACAAAACGGGGAAAAGAACCUUCUAAGCAGGGGGAAAUUAUGCAACCACCCUGCAGAGAUGAACAAAGAAAUUGAUUAAAGAGUUAAAAUCAAAGUGCAACAUUCAAUGGGCAGAAUAAGCACAAGAAAUGGGUUUUUCGUGUCUUCCUGUUAAUCUUUACACUGUUUUUCUUCUGUUUUUUACCAAAACUGUCUCUGUUUGGCUGACUUUCAGCUUCACACCGUCACACUCCGCGUUUGAAUACUCAGAGUUUAUUUUUUUGUAAGAUGCACUUACAGUGUCUGUGCUUUUGCCGAUAUUGCCUUUUAUAUAUUUUAUUUAAUUGCAAAUUCAUCAAACAAUUUGACGUUUUCAUUGCGUAAACAAAACCGUGUGAAAACGAGAUCAGAUAAAUCUGUCCUCCAUUAGCUGAAGCCCUUUUGACUAAACAUUAAAGGGCUGGAAUGUAAAAAAAAAAAAAACUAAAAUGGGCUCAAUUUAAUACAGUUUUCCAGAUUGUUAACUUUCUACUACACUUUAUUUUUAAGAUUUCUAUUAUACACAUUUUUGAAAUGAAAAUGUAAAAAAAUAUAUAUUUAUGAUACAGCAUUUGCAAUGAUCAUCAUAAUAUAAAAUAAUAAUCAUGUUGGCUUUGUUCUGGAAAAAAUGGAAAAUAUAUAUUAAAAAAUUUAUUGUUCUGAGA